UCUACGUCUACAAAUACGCAGCAUCCGCUAAUAAACACCAGCCUUUGAACCAUCCCAGUCCUAACCUUGCCACCUUUAUUGACGACAUGAACUUCCUUAUUGCCUUGAUCACCCAGGGCCCAAUAAAGACAUACACUCAUAGUCAUCUGAAAUGCCUUGUGUUAAAGUUCAAUGUUGACCGAAAUGGAAGAAAUGAAAGAGCUGAAGAAAAAUCCCCACAGAGACAUUUACAACUGUAGGAAGGGUUUGGUUCCCAUGCCAUGUGCUCUUCUGUCUUGUCAUUGUGUUUGGUGAAAGCACAUGGCUUCUGUCAGGAAAGAGGCAUGAACACAGAGAGUUCAGACCUCUCUGUGGGGAGGCUGGAGCUGUUACCUGCUGGCCUGCUUCAUGACUACUGAUAACAUCUCUCAUGGCCUCAACCUCAAGAAGAGCCCUGUCCUGCAGUACCUUUAUUACCUGGCCCAGGUCCCCAUUGCUAUGUCCUCACUCAGCAACAACAGCCUGUUCCUGGAGUAUAAUAAAAACCCACUGCUGGAGUUCCACAAGAUGGGCCUAAUGGUGUCCCUGUCCACUGACGACCCCAGUUCCAUUACACCAAGGAUGUAAAGUGAAGCCACAAUGGUUGAGGAACUAAACACAUAGCUGUCAUACAGAAACAACUUGUGAGAACUUAAUUAACCUUUGAGCACCGUGAAGGAACUGCAGUAUCUUCCUGCAAUGCCAGACAAGCCUGCAAGCUUCCUGCAGUGAUGUCUGCGCUGUGACGGCUGGCUCACAUUGUAGCCUCAUCAUCAUGCUGGCCCUUGGAGUAGACAAUGUGAAAAGAGGUGGGAAUGUGGUUGCAGGAAGACCAGGUGGGAGAACAAUGGCAGCGUGGACUCCUGUCACUGCUCUGCCAAUCACGCGUGAGCCUGGCAUCAACAUCAAGCAGAAAAUCUCUCAAUGGGAGGGACUAAGCCAACAGGAGGAUGUUCAGACUGGGAGAUCAAAGACCCCACAAAUCCUUGCCUGCCGCACUCUUUCAGGGGACAUUGUUGGUAACGGACUCGAUUGCAAUGAAAAAAGUAAUGUAGUUUGUAACAAAGUGACUGUAUCAAAAGCCAAAAGCUUGGGUUUGGAUUUCAGGGAAAACCAGGUAUCUCGUAGACCGGUUAUAGAUGGAAUCCAAUCUGAUUUCCCAAGAAAUCGAACUCCUUUGAAUACAACUCCCGCAAUUAAGCCGUUGACCACCGUAACCCACGUCCAGACUCCUGUAAUUAAAAUGAAUGCUAAAAAUGUUAAUGGCAAUAAUAUAAAGGCAAACAAUUUAACAGAUGUUAAAGUCACAUCUCUACCUCAAUGUGUAGAUGACCCAGAGGCAUCACUGCCUCCCGGCAACUUUUAUACCUCCAAGGGUUUCUGGAAAAAACUGGAGGCGGAUGAAUCUUUCUGGGAGAGAGAGAAAGAUUCCUCAACUGUAACUAAGUGUCUUGGUGAAAUGAAACUCUGUCCCCAAAACUCUACUUCCCCUCCACCUAAACCGCAGCGUACAUUUCAGUACAAGGGCGUGAACUGUCCGUCUGGCCAAUGGAUCCAGUUGGAGAACCAGACAUCAUCGGUCCGCAAAUCAAAUCAAGUCCGAAAGAAUGACAUCAUCUUAAAGCCACCCAGCUGUCCACCUCCUCCAUGUCCAGUCAACACUUUCAAUGGGUUUCCCAGAAACAGAAAGAACAGGAAGUCAUUUGAGUUUGAGGAUGUGGUACGGCUAACGACCCAACAGGCCUCCAGGGGGAAGGAGGACCGUGGUUCGGGCCUUUUCCAUGCCCGAUCUGAAGAGAGCAUCUACGAGGACAUCAUCUCUGCGGAUUUGUCAAGAAAGAACCCAUAUGAAGACAUCAAACUUUCUCCCAUGUGUUUACCCAUAAGAAGAUCACGAAACUAUACCAUUGUUCAGAGAGAGAGCCCACACCUCAAGCUGCCACCAAAGCCCUUCACACUUUCAGCUAAUGGUGACCGACUGCACAAAGUGUUGUGGGACCGCAAAGAAUCUGUAACAUCACCUACCCGUACCUCCACUGAAAACUCUCCUAAAUCAAUGGCAGUUAAACCUACUACUGUGUACAAGACACUCCGACAACCCCCGUUUAUAAACAGGAUCCAGGAGAUCUUUGAAGCCAAGAGAGGGAGGAAACGAGUGUGGGCGACUGCAGCCAGAGAUGAAUUGAGCGGGACAGAGAGUGAUCCAGAGGAGACUUCUAAUGAUCGUUCCAAGCGCACAGUGUAUGUGCAGUCAACCCUAAAACGUCGGCCGAGUUACCGCACUUUAGAGAGGGACCUGAUCCAACUACAACAGCAGCAGCUUUUCCAGCAAUUUGUUGUGGUGUCACUUAGAAAAACCUCCCCUGGAAACACUUACACACCUGAGAUUACGCAACUGUUCCCUACAAAGUUUGAGAAGUCUUCUCGUCUGUCUCGUGAAGCUGAGGACAGAUUGAAUGCCAUUCCAAAGUUUUGUUUCCCUGACUGUCAUGACUGGCGACCCUCCUCUGAUCACACAAGUGAAACAUUUUCUUUUGUCCUGACGGGAGAAGAUGGGAGUCGCCUAUUUGGAUAUUGCCGCAAAAUUCUGCCCUGUGGGAAAGGGAAAAGACUGCCUGAAGUUCACUGCAUCAUCAGCAGACUGGGCUGCUUCAGUCUGUUUGCCAAGAUCUUGGAGGAGGUGGAGAGGAGGAGAGAGAUAUCUCCUGCUUUGGUUCAUCCUUUCAUGCGCAGUGUCAUGGAAGCUCCUUUCCCCGCUCCUGGACGCACCAUCACCGUCAAGAGCUUCCUGCCUGGAUCUGGCAAUGAGGUUUUGACUUUGUGCAGGCCAGUGGACUCUCGUUUGGAGCAUGUGGAUUUUGAUAGUUUGUUACAGUGUCUGAGUGUGACCAGACUCCUUCAGGUGUUUGCGUCACUACUACUGGAGAGGAGGGUCAUCUUCAUCGCAGAUAAACUCAGUGUCUUGUCCCGAUGUGCCCAUUCUGCCCUGGCAUUGCUGUAUCCCUUCACCUGGCAGCACACCUUCGUACCUGUGCUUCCCGCCAGCAUGCUGGACAUAUGCUGCUCUCCCACACCCUUCGUCAUGGGGGCAUUGUCUCCGUCCCUGCCACAGGUGCUAGAUAUGCCCAUCGAGGAGCUUCUUAUUGUGGAUUUGUGUGCGGACAAGUUUGUCAUUCAGCUUGGAGACGAGGACUGUAUCUUACCCAGCAAGCUGCAGGCAGCGCUUCAGGAGAUCCUGGAGAACCGGGAGGAGAUACUAGAACAAAAUGCACAGGACAGGAAAGGAGAUGAAUCAUACUUGAGCACCUUGAUGUCAGAGGCAUUUGUGUGGUUCUUUGUUGAGCUGGUUGGGCAUUAUUCCCUCUAUAUGACAGAAGGAGGGCCCGGUGGGUCCCGAGAGCUGCAGAGAGAUGCUUUCAGGAAAUCUCAUCCUUCUCGUGGAGUGCGACAGUUCCUGCAGCUCUUCAUGGACACACAGAUGUUUGCUGGUUUAAUUCAUGACCGAGAGCUCAGAAAAGGAGAUGUUAAAGGGCUGUUUGAACUGAGAGCUUCAGAAUAUCUAGAAUCCUAUCCAGAACCAGAACCGAGUGGAGUCAACAAAUUUCUCAAGGGGCUUGGAAAAUUCUUGCAGAAGAAAUGAGGGACUGUCUAAGCUGCACAAAAUCUGUCAGACAUCAAGUAUGAGCAGCCACGGCUUCUUCACAGGCAUGUGAUGACUCAACCAGCAUCUCAUUUCCUUCCCUGUAGAGAAUAGUCUUGGGUGGAGAUAAGGUCAACACUGGAAUCAGCUUGUUCCGCCCUAAAAGUUCUCCGACUUGGAUUUUCUGUGCCAUCAUUAAGCACAAGGAACAAAGAGGAUGGAAUUACAACACAGGAAAGGGAGGAGUCUGUGUCAUGUUAUUGUGGCCAAUAAGGAAAAUACUGACUAUGAAUGAGUUAUAACAAGGGUUGGGUUAAUGGCCAUUUCAGAUGUCUUACACUUACCUUUUCAAUUGUCUUUAAAGGAAUAGUUCACCCAAUAAUGAAAAUGCUCUAAUCAUUUACACACCCUCAUGCCAUCCCAGAUGUGUAUGACUUUUGUCUUCUUCAGAACACGAAUAAAGAUUUUUAGAAGAAUAUCUAAACUCUGUUGGUCUGUUUGCAAGUGAAUGGUGACCAGAAAUUUGAAGCACCAAAAAGCACAUAGAGACAGCAUAAAAGCAAUUCAGAUGACUCCAGUGGUUAAAUCCAUGUAUUUAGAAGCAAUAUUAUAAGUGUGGGUGAGAAACAGAUCAAUAUUAAAGUCCAUUUUUUACUAUAAAAGUCCACUUUCACUUCCACAUUCUUCACAUUCUUCAGGUUUAUCUCCAUCUACUGGGCAGUGAGGAGCAUUUAUAUUAAAAAGGACUUGAGUAUUGGUCUGUUUCUCCCCCACACCUAUCAUAUUGCUUCUGAAGACAUAGAGUAAACAACUGGAGUCACAUGGAUUACUUUUAUGCUGCCUUUUUGUGCUUUUUGAAGCUUCAAAUUUCUGGCCACCAUUUAUAGUAAAAGGAGUUACAUUUUGAUCUAUUUUCAGCCAAAACUGAUUGGAUAACUUCAGAAGACAUGGAUUAAACCACUGGAGUAUUAUGGAUUACUUUAAUGAUGCUUUUAUGUGCUUUUUGGAGCUUCAAAGUUUCACUUGCAUUGUAUGGACCAACAAAGCUGAGAUACCCUUCAUAAAUCUUCAUUUGUAUUUUGCAGAAGAAAGUAAGCCAUAAACAUCUGGGAUGGCAUAUGGGUGAAAAAUGUAGACAAUUUUAAUUUCUGGUUGAAUUAAUUGUAUGUCAUUUGUAUUAUACUAGACUAUAAAGUAGGCUGAUGCAAGCAUUUUUUUGUAAAAAAAAAUAAAAUCUACAUAUUUUGUCCCAGCUGCAAAUUAUUUGUAGUUUUUAAAUAUACUGUAUUUACAGUAUAAUGAACGAUGGCUUCUGUUUCCCUUCUAGAAAAUAAUUUAUGAUUUUUCAGAUGCACAGAAAUUACCUUUUAAUUUGAAUGUCAAACAAGUUGUCAUGUUUGCUCUUUUACUUAAUAUCAAUGCACAUUUUCAGCUUUAAGGGCUCUUACUCUUUGUACAGUUUUUUACAAGGAAUAUUUUGUGUAACUAGACUUUGUUACAUUUGCAAAUAAAAUUAUCUCUGAUACAGUAUUUGUAGAUGAGACAUGCAUAGAAUUAAACCACGUGACUG